AUGGCGAGCGCCCUGUACAUCUGCUCCCGCCCCGUGAUCUCACCCCUCUUGAGGGAGCUGCUGUCGGGCGGACGCCACGUCGCAAGCGCUAGCGCCUCCUUGGUCGAUUCCCCGGCCCACUCGCUCGCUUUCUGCGGCGUGGUUCUUGCACUGUACGCCCUGGCCGUGGUGUCGAGGCACUUCCCGGACUCCCGCGUGGCUCGGAGGUCGGGAGCCGCAUUGCUUGUGACUUCCAUGGCGUUGCUCGUGUUGCAGCCCUCUGCCCUGAGCGGUGUGGUCGAGGGUGAACAUGGCGGCGUCGGUCGAUCGUGGAAAUCGCGGAGAGAGUACGUCGAGCAGGCCUGCGGCGUCGCCGUUGCCGGGGUCGGCGUGUUGACGCUGACGGGGCUAACUUCGCCAACCAAAACCCUGGCGAGAAAAGCGGCGUUCGCCGUCGCCGUCGGCGUCCCCGUGGGCAUCUGGUCCGCCCUCGCCUCCAUGCCCGGCGCCGCCGCCGCCAUCGUCUCCUGGUCCGCGCUAGGGGCCGCGGGCACCUACUCCUGCGCCCUGAUGGUCCUGCUGGAAGCGGCCCUGCCCAGGCCGGCGGCGGUGCUGUCGCGUCGCGGCUCGGGGUCAAGGGCCGGUGGCGGGGGCCCCGCAGUGGGGAGGGCGCGGAGGGUGGGGAGCGUGGUGGUCGAGCUGUACGUGGCUGUGGUGGCUUUCAUGCCGGCGGCCGGGAUCGCUCAGGGGCUGCAGCUGCUGAUCCUGGGUCCGGUGGGGAGAAACCUCAUGGGUCUUGCGCCGCCUACCGGGCACAACGACGGCGGCGGCGGCGGCGGCGGCGAGGGCACGAACGCGCAAGGCGCCGCCAGUUUCGCGCUCGCGACCGCGGCGACCGGUCACGCUGUCAUCACCGUCGCCCUCAAGCUGCUCGAGGAACGCACCGGCGGUGCUGGUGGUAGCGGGGGCGGCGGCGGCGGCGACGGCCGAGGAGCGGGGGCAGGUUUUGGUCGGAGGCGAGGGGUGCAGGGGCCGGCCUCCGUGUCUCGGGCCUUUGGGGAGACCUUUCACCACAUCACCACAGAGUUCUCCCCCCAUGAUGGUCGGAUCGUCACCAAAACUUGAAGGCUGUACGCACCACACCUGUAGGCGUCUUUGAAGCUAGUGGUGACUGCUGUGGGGUCCGUGUGUGCUGAGAAAU